CAUCUGAUCGCCUCUGACAAUUCUUGAAGUAUACCUACUGUAAUUCUGUCCAGACCCUCCGGCAACUCCUUUGAAGAUGAUGAAGGCUUAGAGUCUGGUCCGGCCACAAUCAAGUCCACAGUAUCCAUAAAAGUUUCCUCCAACACCGCUGCUAUUGAAGACCAUCGGGGGAGAAGAGCAACCUAGCCAAGCAGACCCCACCCAGAGUUCUCCACAGAGUUCUCCACAUGGCUGCGCUGGUGUCACAGAUGUCUUUCUGUGUGGCUUUGGUCUCCACCCUCUUCCUGAUUUCAGCCACUUGGACCGACUGCUGGAUGGUGAAUGUUGAUGACACCAUAGAGGUCAGCCAGAAGUGCCGAGGGCUUUGGAGGGAGUGCGUCAGCAACUUGAAAGACGGCAUCAAGACCUGCGACCUGCACGAUUCCAUUUUAGCAGAACAUCCCCUCAAGAUCGUGGUGACGCGGGCCUUGCUGAUCACGGCAGACAUCCUCUCGGGCUUCGCUUUGGCUCUGCUGGUGCUGGGCCUCGACUGCAUCAAGUUCCUGAAGGACGAGCCACAAGUCAAGCUGAAGAUGUGCUAUUCGUCCGGAUUGGUGCUGGGGGUCGGAAGUGUCCUCGGACUAGUGGGCUCGGUGUGGUACGCCAUUGACGUCUACCUAGAGAGGAUCAGGCUGGCGUUACACAAUGUAUUUUUGGGUGUCCAUUACGAUUUUGGCUGGUCCUGCUGGUUGGGAAUGGCAGGAUCCACAGGCGGCCUUCUGACUUCCAUCGUGUUGACCUGCUGCCUUUAUUCCCUCACAGCUGAUGCCACUUCCUCCCGGAGACCUCACCGAUUCACGUUCUGUUCGCGGGCGGCCACCUGCAAGAUGUAUGCCGUCGCUUCUCGAGUGUGACACGGCUGAAGGAUACCCCCGUGUCAGCUGUUGAUAUGGGAUCGUUAAUUGUACGGAUCUUUUCUUUCAGCUAAGGAGAGAAGGCUGGCUUUUGAGGUCACCUGCACCAUGUGCCCCCCUACCCAGCAGCCCCAAGGGACAACACUGCUAUCAGCAUAGCAAGCCAGACAUUGUUAGUG